AGCUCAGUGCGUUAAAUAUAGCGGCAGCGCAGAGUAGUAGGCUAGUGGAUUUUCUCUACGAAUUGAGUCUACAUUACAGCGCUGACAUCGGCAUAUGACAAAUCGAGAUUUGAGGAGAGAUGAACUAUUUGACAAAUGUCGUCUUUCUCAGCUGGUUUCUGAGAAAGCAGCGUGUCAAAAAAGAUCAGCAUCAGCGCAUCUUAUGAAACCACCCCGCAUUUUGUGAGAAGAGCACAGAUUUCUGAGGCUCCGUCCAAGAGGAGGUGAUACCAAACUCAAAAUCUUUACCUUCUCCAAGAAUUUUCUCCGUCAAGAUCUGCGUAUUUUGAAAGACUCUAAUAUAAGGGAGAGUUCAACUAAUGAGGAGACAAGUUGAUUAAUAUUGUCCUUUUUAAAGACCUAAUAAGUCAGGGAUAUGGUUUUUUAAUGAAACGUGUCACUAGAUUUAAUGAGAGCAAAAGGAAAUGUGAAGUAUAAAAGAUCCUUCCAUCACUGUUAAAAGCCUUUGCCUUUGUAAAUGACAGUGAAUAGCGUGGUUCGCUCUGAAUGUGUGCAGUUUUCAUGAAGGGAUGCAUUGAGGUAGAGUCAGGAUGGCUUUCUUUUCAUCAGAAGCAGAGUGACUGACAGUGCAGCUUCUUCAAUCACUCCAUCUCGUAAAGGGAGUAACUAAAAGUCAUUAGUAGUUUCUGACAGUCAAUUAUGUAUCAUGCAGCCAAGAGAUAUUACUAGUCGAGGGCCUGGCUGAGCCCAACCAAAUCACAUCGGAGUCUUAGGAAACAAAUUUUUCAAAGAAGUUACGGGUCAUCUUGGUGAUUCGUUCGUAACCAACCAUUUUGUUGUUGUCUACACACUUGGACUAUCCCGAAGUGACUAUGUCUGUGGGGGACCAUGGCAAGAGCCGCUCACAGUUCCACCGGACCCUUCCCACCAACACCUUUGCAACCAAUCUUGAAGACUUGCAGACCUACAGCAAACAAUGUCUGACUGCAAUGAACUCGAUGUGUCAGGCCAGCGGGCACCUGGCCGAGACGUUUGCUGCCCUCUUCCACGACACCUCCCUGGCGGAGGCAGCUCUAAGGAUGCAGGAGGUGACCCAUGACCUCGGGUCGCGGACGCAGGACGCCAGCACCCACGUGGAAGAAGACGUUACAGCCAUGAUGAAUAGAAUCAUCAACAAGGGCAGCAGUCACAAGUCAGAAGAAGGUGUCCAGACCUUGGCUCAAUGUUUCUUGCUGAUGCUGCAGACCCAAUAUCACUUCUUCCAAACUGCCGCUGACCUUCAUGCACCUUUGAGUCGUUAUCAGGAGCUUGAAGACCUGUUCAUCGGUGAGGAGUGCCAACCAGAAGUCAGGGAUGCUUGUACAUCAUGGAUGUCAGCUGGUCAGCUGACGAGACCUCUCCGUCGUGGGGAUACCUUAGCAUCAGACGAGGUUCAUCUGCUAGAGACUGGCAGAGGCAAGUCUAGUCAUAAAGAUCCUAAACUCAUGGAAGCUAGAAGGAAACUAGAAUCACAGUCAAUGAUCUACAAGCAUGAGAUUGCCAUCUUGCCCCAGACGAGCUUUGCUCUACUCGGUGGGUUUCAUCUGCACCUACAAUGCCUUUCGAUGCUCCUACGCUCAUGCUGUAUGCCUAGUGAAGCACAGGACAUCAUUAAUAGACAUGGGAGCAACCAAUUAGCAGCUAUGGCCAUGGGCAUAGGUAGUCAGUCUACAGUAGGUCAAGCACAACCUCAGGUAAACCAGCAGGAAUGGUUUGAGGCUGUGUGUAGAGAACUCAAGACGACAACCCUUCAGGUCGAUGGGACGCUUUGCAGGCAGACGUCCAACACCGAGGAGGAUUUUAACAUCAAGAUGAAAACCAUCAACAACCUAGUGAAAGACCUAGCAGCUCACCUAGGUUUAAUGGUAGAUGUCCAGUCUAUUACAGCGCAGAUUGUGAGCCAUGCAUGUUCAUCAUUGGCUCAUCUUCAUAGUCAAACAGCUGUACAACUCCUCUUUGGAAGGGCUUAUGUGGUAACAGCUCGGUCUGCCGAGGUGUCUGAGCCUUACAAGAGGUACGCCCAGGUUACGUCACAAGAAGGAGCGAUCGUGGUCGAGGUUCCAUCGGUAUGGGACCUAGUGAUGGUGAGUGGAGCUGGUCUCCAAGGGGCGUGUCCUCCUGAGCUACAGGAUAAUAACAAUACAGGUUCAAGCCAGCAGACUGAGCAGCAUCAGCAGCAGCAGCAGCAGCAGUCUGGGCUAGGGGCAUGUGAAGUGGUCUACUCAGCCAAGAUUGAUCUGGUGGAUGUGGUGGAAAGAAGAAGAAUAUCCCUACCCAUCAUCCAAGUGAAGUUGGUCAAGAAGGACAUCUCUAUCACAGUGACCGGUCCACACACCAGUAUGUCCAGCACCUCAAUGACCUCUACGACCCAGUCUGAGAGCCUCUCCUCACCCAGCGGUAUGAAGCGUACCAUCGAAAAGCUCGUCUCUAAGUUCCGUCAGAGAGUCCCCAUCAGCAAGGCGUCGCCCAUGUCGUCCUCCUCCCCGUCUGCUUCUACCGCCUCCGCGUCCCGUUCAGCCUUCUACCUCCCCAUUAGCCAGCUGGAGGUCCAGGCAGCGGUCGGGGGAGGGGUCAGUCCGGGAAGCACCAGUCAUACAGCCUGCAGCAGCUUGCUGUCUUCGCCAUCGAUAUCGAGUGGGUCAUCGACGAUGUCGUCUAAUAGCAGUCUGUAUGACAGGGAGACUCCUGAUUCUGAUGGACCCAAGAAUGCCAAGAUGGUGCCUGGUGAGAAGGUCUUCAAGCCUGAUCCCAAGGACUUUGAUGGCAAGAGUCCGAUGGUGGGACCAACAGUGACUAUUACAUCAGAACCUAGUCCAGUAGAGGAGAAGAACCACUGGGAGACAUCCAUUAUGAGACAACAUGAUUUGACAAGAACCAAGAAGGGUCUAGCCUCUGACUCUGUCCUGGCUGACCUAGUCAAUCUCCUAUCUGGAGUGAGAGCCAGGUCCUCCUCCCAUCUAGAUCCUGGAACCCAAGGACACAAACCGUUCCAUGACAGCGUCACCCGUACCUCCAGCUCCAGCAGUACCAGCAGCCAAGGUGGUGGAGGAUGGGGUGGGCGUGGUGACGGCAUCGACAACGGCAACCGCUUCGGGAACUACAACCCGACGUUCCAGGAAGGGGAUCUGAUAGAUCGCAUCCAGGACCAGCAAUCUAGCAUGUGGCCUAUCAAGGCCUUCCAUCAACAAGCCCCACAUCAGAGCCAGCAGGAGAUGCCGCACCGCAGAACGUCCUUCGAUAACAACAACGAGGCAGAUUUCGCCAACUACAUAGCCAUGAACCAGCUGGGGAAGCGGUCGAAGCGUUACGGGGAUAACUUGAACGUUGGACAGCAGCAGCAUCCUGGACAUUCACCGCAGCUGUCUCCGAGGCCGCAUCAGAAGCAACAGCAGUGGAGUGUGGGGAGCGUCAAAGAGGAAGGUCCUAUGAGCAAGACAUGGCCAUCAUCAGAUGUGGUUCCUGAAAGGAAUGAGAAUCUGAACAACACAUGGUCCAACCCAGCCCAUGAUUCUGGGAGCUCUAGUGAUGAAGCAUCUAACAGCGGAGAGAACCCAAAUACUCUCAUGUCUAUGGUCCACAGCUCACCUGCAGGAGCAGGUCUACUUACUCCCGUAUCAAGAAGGUAA